AUGAUUGAAGCACAGACCAGACGCGCGGACUGGUCUGACAUUGAUGUAGAUACAUUCACUCGAUUAUGUGAAUUUGCCUACCUAAAGGACUACCAACCACCGUCAUACCACCCAAUAAAGCACUGGCCUCCCCCUCCGGACGCCGUGGAAGUUGCGAGGAAGAAGAAAAAGAGCGUACACAGCGAACUAAUGGCGAAAUGGAGAUCUGCUCGCCGGCGUGAAAAGCUGCAUUUUGGGGACUAUAGUCCACCGAGGCAUGUCCAGUCGAGCUAUUUUGAGUUGCCGCUUGAGGAGCGAGGCGGAUUGGGUCAGAAGCUGCGUGAUUCGUUCAAGGGAAAUCCUUCUUUUACACCUCCUCCAACCGGUUACUCGGCCCAUAAUUUUGCGCCGCCAAAAAAUACUUGGUUCUGGCAAGAUUUCACCGCUGUCUUAGUCGAGCAAGCUCGGCUUUACGUGUUGGCUGAUAAGUAUGGAAUUGAAUCUUUGUGCAAACUCGUCCUUUUCAAGCUCGUUGUGACAUUGAGAAGUUUCAAGCUCUAUCAUACAGGAGUGGAUGGAGUUGUUGAAUUGGUUCGGUUCGUUUACAACAACACGCGACCAGAUUACGGCAAUAAUGUCGAUCCCCUGCGAAAAUUGGUAGUGCGUUAUGUUGUUUCUGUCAUUGGUCAAAUUGGCGAACAAAGGGCUUUCAAGCAGCUAUUAAAUGAGGGUGGAGAUUUCGUCACGGACUUCUGGCAAAUAUUUUGGAGUCUGAAUGGGGAUACUUGA